AUGUCCACAAAAGGAAAUGCAAAUACAAACAUGGAUGAAAGCCUUGUGGGCACACGUUACAAAGAGUGGAUAUUAACAAGUGAAUUAGGUUUUGGUGGGUUUGGAAGUGUGUACAAAGCACAAAACACUGAAGAACCGACUGUUUAUCAGGCAAUUAAAGUUUUUAAAAAGGCCGACGAUGCUUAUGCAGAGAUUAAUGCGAUUCAGAAAUUAGGGGACAUCAAUGGGGUAGUUAAGAUGUUAGAUUCCGAUUCAACAGACUUUGGAUAUGUGAUGACAAUGGAUUUAUUUGGAAUCAGUCUUUCCACUUUUCGUUCAUUACAACCAGACAAGAAAUUUUCGCCAGCAACAUCACUCCGGUUACUUAUUAAGAUGACACAAAUCAUCACACAAGUUCAUUCAGUUGGGUUAAUCCACUGCGACAUAAAACCGUCCAAUUUUGUAAUGAAAGGAAAUGACGAAAUCGUUUUAAUCGACUUUGGGUUGGCAGAGUCUUAUAUGGAUUUAUACGGCAACAAGAAUGUCAUAAAAAGGGACCAAAGUUUCAAAGGGACUUUAUGUUACGCUGCACUUAAUAUCCAUUUUGGAAAGUCUCCGUCACGGGCAGACGACAUCACUUCCGCAUUUUUCAUUUACUUUGAAAAUUUACUUGGCACUCUCCCAUGGAGUGGCCUAGAUGAGUCAAACACAAUAAAGCAGAAGAAAAUAGCUUUUGCAAAGACGGAGAUCUACGAUUACACACAAAUUAAACUCCAAGUGAUCUCAUCGUUCCAUUCCGUCUUAGGUCUCUUGAAUGGUGAAGAACCUCGAUAUAAAAUGAUUACAUCACAAUUGACUGAAUUGCUUAUCAAUGAUGGGAAUAAAGUGAGUCCAUUGUUUGAUGUUGAUGAAGUUAAGUACCUUCCUCAAGAAGAUAAUCCUAACGAUUAUAAAACAACACCUAUAUCAAAGUUGGGUUCGUCGUCUAAGAAAAUUGUUGUGACUCCAAGACAAAGUCCUACGAAUGAAGAAAUGAAAGAGCAAUUGAUCCCAAGAAUUUGGAAGGCAGUUUCUAUGUUUAACCCAACAAGAAUCAGUUUACCUUUUUUGUAA